CUGUGGAGGCAUGCAUGGUCAUUAUUACUUUAAUAUUCCUUUUGCUAUUUUUUAAUCAAUAUCUGAAGACCUUGGUGGCAAGCUGACAUUUGAUCAAAUGUUAUGACCGGGUGUUAUUGAGAAUAUCUAACAGGAGAGGGGAUCUUUCCAAAGAUACUGAUGUACUCAACCACUGGCCAGUCCUUCCUACUUCACUGCAAAAGCAGAAAGCAUUGUGUGAAAUUGAGAAGGUCGGGUGCAAUGAAUGAAAUUGGAUUACUCCCAUGCAGGCAUUUCAUACCCUCCCAAUUGUCAGCUUAGAUGUCUCGGGCUUCUGAGUUUUUUUCUUGAAUUUUGUACGUUGUUGUCAAUGGAAGUCAUGAAGAACUGGAACUCAUGUUUAUCUGUGAAAUUAAAUUAGAUCAGACCUUAAUGCAUCAAAGUACCAACUUUUCAAAAGCGACUGUAGGAAGUUUAGAAAGACAGGUGAGGCGAGAUUGAGUACUGUGCUCGAGGCAGUGAUGAUUUAGCCUAGGCAAAUAGAUUGUGACAUUGUGCCCCUUCAAUCAGUCACAGAAGUGUGUGAGUUUGCUUUGGAGAAAGAAAAUCAGCCGGGAAUGGAUGCAGUGACAUCUGAAGAAUAUGCUUCUCAAACCGAGUUACUGAAAGAAUUCACCAAUGUCCCGAGCAUUGACAAUGCUUGGGUUUUCAAAACCAACAGUGAAGACAUAUCCACAGCAAUGUUUUCCAUCAGCCAGCCAAACCUACUGGCGAACAGCAAGAGGAAAUACAUUAUGUAUUCUCACAUUACGAGAGCUGAUGCUAACUCUCUGGAUUUCCAAUGGUCUCCUUUUCCCAUUGAAAUGACUGGAGUAUCGGUCAUUGUUCCAUCCCCUUCGGGAUCGAAGCUUCUUGUAGUGCGAAAUGGAGAAAAAGGUUCCCCUACAAAGCUUGAAAUUGUUGAUCAAUCACAUGUGGAUAAGGAGAUACAUGUAAAGCAGUCUAUACAUGGUCCGCUUUAUACCGAAGAAUGGUUUCAUGGUAUUUCCUGGAAUCAAGAAGAGACCUUGAUAGCAUAUAUUGCUGAAGCACCACCCCAACCAAAACCAGCUUUUGUUGCUUCUGGAUACAGAAAGGAAGGUUCUUCUGAGAAAGACUGUAAUAGCUGGGAAGGACAAGGAGAUUGGGAAGAGGACUGGGGUGAAACAUACUCCAAAAAAGGGAGACCCUCAUUGUUCGUUCUCAACAUUUCCAGUGGACAAGUGCUAGCUGCUGAAGGCAUCGCAAGAUCAUUGAGUGUUGGCCAAGUUGUUUGGGCUCCACCAUCUUCAAGUGGCUGUCAAAAGUAUUUGGUCUUUGUUGGAUGGUUAGAGCACAACGGGUUUCGGAACACUGCUAGGAAACUAGGUAUCAAGUACUGUUCUAACAGGCCAUGUGCUCUUUAUGCAAUUCGUUGCCCUUUUGAAGGACCAGAUGCUGACAAUACACCAAUUAGUAUUGGCCUGGUAGCAUCAUCUGGUACCAAUGGUUGUAAUAUUUUAUUUCUUUGUACUAGUGAUGGUAAAUCAUACUCUGCUGUAAUGGGGUGCAACUUAACUGCGAGCAUAAGCAGUGCUUUCUUCCCACGGUUCAGUCGUGAUGGAAAGCUUCUGGUGUUUCUAUCUUCAAAACAUGCUGUAGAUAGUGGAGCACAUAAUGCAACCGAUUCUCUGUAUAAGAUCAACUGGCCUUCUGAUUGGAAAAUGGAUAAACAACUCGAUGUUACAGAAGUGGUUCCUAUUGUAAUGUGCCCUGAAGAUGACUGUUUUCCGGGUAUUUACUGUUCAUACAUGCUAUCCAAUCCUUGGUUUUCUGAUGGAUGCACAAUGAUACUAACAUCUGCUUGGAGAAGUACUGAAGUGAUAAUAUCAAUAGAUGUUUUAAGUGGCAAAGUAACUAGAAUAACUCCGGAAGACUCGUAUUACUCAUGGAGUGCUCUAGCAAUAGGUGGCGACAAUGUUCUUGCUGUGUCAAGUAGUCCCAUCGACCCUCCUCACAUCAGGUAUGGACGCCAAAUGACACCAGAGGGUCAAGCACACAGAUGGACUUGGGAUGAAGUUAGUAGUCAGUGGACAACAGCCAGCAAUAAGGUUAAGUCCUUGUUAUCGCAUCACAGUGUCAGUAUACUUAAAAUUCCAGUCGAUAACCCCUCUGAUGACCUCUCUGAUGGUGGCAAGCUUCCAUUUGAGGCCAUCUUUGUGUCCAGCAAGGAUAGUUCACACAGUCCGACUGUCGUAAUCCUUCAUGGUGGCCCACAUUCAUUGUCUGUAUCCAGCUAUUCAAAAUCGUCAUCAUUUCUUGCUUCACUUGGAUUUAACCUGCUUAUUGUAAAUUAUCGAGGUACACUGGGUUUCGGAGAGGAGGCUUUGCAAUCACUUCCUGGAAAAGUUGGAUCUCAGGAUGUCCAAGACUGCCUUACAGCCCUAGAUUAUGUUAUCAAGGAAGAGCUGAUAGAUGCAUCUAGAGUAGCUGUUGUCGGGAUUUCCCAUGGUGGAUUUUUGACAACUCAUUUAAUCGGUCAGGCUCCAGAUAGAUUUGUCGUGGCAGCUGCUCGGAAUCCUGUCUGCAACCUGGCACUGAUGAUUGGCAUCACUGACAUCCCAGAUUGGUGUUACACAGUGGCCUGUGGAACUGAAGCGAAACAAUAUGCCUCCGAAUCUCCUUCGCCUGAUUGUCUUCGCCUCUUCUACCAGAAAUCGCCAAUUGCCCAUAUUUCAAAAGUGAAAGCGCCCCUUCUUAUGCUUCUUGGAGGAGCAGAUCUUCGAGUACCUGUCUCCAAUGGCCUACAGUACGCAAGGGCCCUGAGGGAAAGUGGAGGCGAGGUCAAAAUUAUGUUUUUCCCGGAGGACAUACAUGAAAUUAACAUACCACGGUCAGAAUUCGAGAGCUUCCUCAACAUUGGAGUCUGGUUCAAGAAGCAUCUGAAAUAGGUCAAAUCCAGCGGCAUGAAGGCUGAAGCAGCAACGAGUGGUCCCCUGGUCAAACAAGUAGGCGCAUAUAGUCUUUGAUCACGUGGGCACUUGAAAGCAUCUGUGGACGAGCGUUCUUGUGUACUUGGUACAACAAUGAUCCAUGGUCACUGGCUUCUCAUGGACAAGAUGGAUGCCAGAUGUUGAAAUUCACCGGCCUUAUAUGUUAUAAUGAUUAUAUAAGAAUAAAUGAACUCAUUGAGUUCAUUAGUUUGUUAAUCAGUUCGCUGAAGUCAUUGUUAAAUCGACGAUGUUAUUUAACAAAGAGCUUGGCCUUCACAUUC